UGAGGAAGAAAGGGAGGGACCCGAACACGGAAGUGGUGGCAGCGCCGGCGAAGCAGGUGGAGGUGGUGACUGCGACGUCUGAGAUGAGAACCCCGCACCGAAGGGUGGGGGCUUGCAGGCAGGCAUCCGUCUUAGAGGACCUACAUGAGGUGCCGGAGUGGUUGGGUCUCCCUUCUCCAGCUUAGCGAGCACCCAGAGUGAUGGCGGUGGUGAUGGCGGCAGUUACUCGGACAGCCCCAGUUAAACUGCGCUCCGAGAGAUAUAUCCAGGAAGUGCCCAGAAGAAACAUUCUACCGGAAAAACUGAAAGAACAGUAUUUAUAACACUGGAAUUUGUGGACAGUUUGUUAAAAUGGCAGAAAAUAGUGAAAGUAAUAGUAAAAAUGUAGAUGUGAGGCCCAAAACUAGUCGGAGUCGAAGUGCUGACAGAAAGGAUGGUUAUGUAUGGAGUGGAAAGAAGUUAUCUUGGUCAAAAAAGAGUGAAAGUUGUUCAGAUGCUGAAACAGUGAGUGCUAUAGAGAAAACUGAAGUUCCUUUAAGGAGCCAAGAAAGGAAGCACAGCUGUUCAUCUAUCGAGUUGGAUUUAGAUCAUUCCUGUGGGCAUAGAUUUUUAGGCCGGUCUCUUAAACAGAAACUGCAAGAUGCUGUGGGGCAGUGUUUUCCAAUAAAGAAUUGUAGUAGUCGGCACUCUUCAGGGCUUCCGUCUAAAAGAAAAAUUCAUAUCAGUGAACUCAUGUUAGAUAAGUGUCCUUUCCCACCUCGAUCAGAUUUAGCCUUUAGGUGGCAUUUUAUUAAACGACACACUGCUCCUAUAAGUCCCAAAUCCGAUGAAUGGGUAAGCACAGACUUGUCUCAUACUGAAUUGAGGGAUGGUCAACUAAAACAACGAAGAAACAUGGAAGAGGUAAACUGCUUCUCACAUACCAGUGUUCAGCCCUGUGUCAUAACCAAUAACAAUUCUUCGGGUAGAGGUGGUCCUGGGACUGGCUCUAUAAUGAACCUGGCUUCAAAUAACAGUAUAGAAGAUAGUGAUAUGGAUUCAGAUGAUGAAAUUAUAACACUUUGCACAAGUUCCAGGAAAAGAAACAAACCCAAAUGGGAAAUUGAUGAAGAAACCCUGCAACUGGAAACACCUCCUAAGUACCAUACCCAGAUUGAUUAUGUCCACUGUCUUGUACCAGACCUCCUUCAGAUCAAUAAUAAUCCAUGUUACUGGGGCGUUAUGGAUAAAUAUGCAGCUGAAGCUCUACUAGAAGGAAAACCAGAGGGUACCUUUUUACUGCGAGAUUCAGCACAGGAAGACUAUUUAUUCUCUGUUAGUUUUAGACGCUAUAGUCGUUCUCUUCAUGCUAGAAUUGAACAGUGGAAUCACAACUUUAGCUUUGAUGCACAUGAUCCUUGUGUCUUCCAUUCUCCUGACAUUACUGGGCUCCUAGAGCAUUAUAAGGACCCGAGUGCCUGUAUGUUCUUUGAACCACUUUUAUCCACUCCUUUAAUUCGGACUUUCCCCUUUCCCCUGCAGCAUAUAUGCAGAACAGUUAUUUGUAACUGUACAACUUAUGAUGGCAUUGAUGCCCUUCCAAUUCCUUCUUCCAUGAAAUUAUAUCUGAAAGAAUAUCACUAUAAAUCAAAAGUUAGAGUACUCAGGAUUGAUGCACCAGAACAACAAUGCUAGGAAAAGGGUAGGAACACGGGAGUGAUUAUAUACAUAUUUUCAUUUAAUAUUUUAUUUUUCUUAUUAUGCCACUUUGAAUUUUUCUACAGGGGCAGUUGAAGUCCAAAAUAAACUUAUGCCCUAAAUUUUACUUCCAGAUCAGUUUAUUUUUCUUAGGAUACAAUAAUUGUUUAACAACAAUAAUUGUUUCAUAAUUGUUACACACUAGGAGUUAAUGGAUAUUUUUGACUAGGUGUUUGGUUUUUGUUUUUACCGUGUAGAUUGUAUACUUAAUUUUUUUCUUUUCUUAACUGUAAUUUGCAUAUGAUCCAGGGAUAUCUGAAGUUUGGUAGGUAUUGCAAACACAGUUAAAUAAUCUGUAUUUCAGACUUUUCUUUAAAAAUAAUCCUGUCCUUUCUUACAUAUAAAAUGCUUUGUUAACCUAUGCCAUUGGCAUUCCUAUGCAUAAGAUAUAGUUUCCCCAUCAUCCUUUUCAGUUGUUUUAAGAGUCUUCAGUAAAGCUGAAUGUGUUGUAAUUUACAAUCCAUACUAAUGUAAUUGACUUUUAUAAUUUACUAUAGGGAUGUUAAAGGUUAGCAAAAUGGCUUAAAAAUCAAACUUCAUGUGUUUUCAUUUUAAAUAUUAACUGUAAAGCAGAAUUACUAAAUUUGAUUAAUCAGGUCAGUAAGAAUCAAAUGAGGAUAUGAUAUUUUGGGGGUGAAUUUAUUCUUCUAUAAUGUGGCAUGGUCAUUUAUUAUUCCUUGAGUAGAUCUUUCUCUCAAACUUGGAAGAGUUACCAUCUUCAGAACAUAAGUAUUGUUCCUUUCUCACUGGAAGCUUUAAAAAUAAUGAUAACACUAUUAGUAACUAGUAGUUACUAAAGUAAUAAAGCAACUGAGGUUUUUCUGUAUUUACUUAUGAACUGUUGCUUCUGCUUAGCUCUGUUUUAGAAACUCUGAGCCUGUUAGUUUGGAGAGAUGCCACAGUUUAUAUAACAGCCACAAAUUUCCAUUGGUAACCAAAGAGACCUAGGUAGUUUUUCAUUAUUUUAAAUUGAGCUUGAAUAAAGAUUCAAGAAGUAAACAUGGAGCUCAGUAUUCAGGGAGCUUAAUAUUGGUUUUGAUCUUCAGGUUUCCGAUAAGUAUUCCUAUUUUCAGAACUAACAUGUCUUUAGUAUGGCUUCAAAAAAAGGGAAACAUUUUGAGAGCUACGUGGCUUAUGCCAUACUGAACAAUACUGGGCACCAGGCGUAAUAUUUUGAAUUUAACAUCCCCAGAAUGGGGAAGUAUUUUUAGAAAUGUUAUAUAAUAAGAUAGAUGGAAUGAUAGCCUACUCUUCUUUUUUAAAGAAUCAGUGAAUAAUAAAUUUCCUAGACAGUUAUUCCUUCUGGUGAGUUGUCUACCCCUUUGUACAAGUUGGCAUUUUUAAUAUCAUAGUAAUUGAUUUCUUGAUGCUAGUUUAGCUCUAGUAGGAAACUGCUUCUACCUGGAUUGAAAGAAAUUUGACUCAGAUUUCCACGUUAGAAUAGAUGUUUCUUAAGUAUCAUUGCCUUUAUGUUGAACUAGCAUUUCCCUUUCCUGCAGUUCUGCUGAUAACAUAAAGAUGGCAUUUAAAAAUAAUUGCUUUAAAAUAAAUUUUUAGCAGUUACCACAAAAUUAAACAAGAAAAUCUGUUACCAUUGUCUUCUAGCAUAUUUUUUUCUCAGUGAUCUCAAGAUUGUCUUGGUUCCAGUGAGGGUUAGCUACUAAAAUGGCACCCCUCUUAGCAGUGAUGAGGCUCAGGAUAUCAACACCAAUGUCAGGAUAAAUAUCUCUUCUAAAGAUGAUAUUUCCCUUUUACAAAAGUGGGACAGUCUCAUACUACCUCAUCUUUAUUGUGGCGCUUUUGUAGAUCACUGAGAAGCUUAUCUUAUUUACCAAUAUAGCACUUCCUAAAUGUCCAUCUUUGGUGAAAGAAAAUUAAUAGUAUGGUAAGACUCUACCCAUAAUUAUAGUUUUUUAUCAGAAUUUGAUAUUGAGACUUUCUGUUUCUAUGAAACAAUAUUGUUUUAAAUAUUUUUCUUUUAAAAAUAACUUUUUAUCAAUACAGAAAAACCUAAGGAAUGACUAGCUAAUGAAUAUUCUGUUAAAAGGUAAUUUUAUAAAGAAAAAUGAAAUAUUAUGUUGUCUUUUAUAAUGGUAAAAAUUAGUAUUUAUAUGAAAAUCAAGAUCUAAGUAGCCUUUCGUAUAUUCAAACUGGUUGCUUGUGAUAUAUUUUCUCUGGCUUUCUUAUUUUUUCAACUUCAAGGUAUUGAUAGCUAUUAACAUUUUCAAAAUACUGCCAUUUAUAUAGCCUUGAAGUAGGUGAUCUAAUAAAUGAGAGCAGGAAGGAGACAUUUACGAUGAAACGGUUUGUAUUUUUUCCUUUGGUACUUGCUACAGAAAAGAAAUCGGGAAAGUAGAAAUGUAAGAUUUGAGAAGGGAAUUGUUUACCAUGAAGGAAAAAGAAGAGUAAUAAUAAAUUUUUUUAAAGCGUGAAGGGAUUGGAAUUUAGAAAGGUUUAACCCUUUCUCAGUGACUUGUGGACACAUUUGGAAGAGCAUCCGGUAUUCAGAAACUUAACUCAAUAAAAAUGUAAUUACUGUGCUUCCCUGGUGGCGCAGUGGUUGAGAGUCCGCUUGCCAAUGCAGGUGACGCGGGUUCGUGCCCCGGUCCAGGAAGAUCCCACAUGCCGCGGAGCGGCUGGGCCCAUGAGCCAUGGCCGUCUGAGCCUGCGCGUCUGGAGCUUGUGCUCCGCAACGGGAGAGGCCACAACAGUGAAAGGCCCGCGGACCGCAAAAAAAAAAAAAAAAAAAAAAAAAAAUGUUAAUUACUGAAAUUAUGUGUAAGUAAAUGAGUAUAAGUUUUGAAAGGAACAAUGUGGGAAGAUGCAAAUAUAUCUAAGUAUAUUGGGUUGGCCAAAAAGUUCGUUCGGGUUUUCAUAUACGGAAAACACCCGAAUGAACUUUUUGGCCAACCGAAUAAAUUUUGUAACUAAGUUGGACAUGGUGAGCGUUUGAAAAGUGUAAAUUGCAGAGUUGAGAAAGCAUUCAGCAUGGUGGAAAUGUGUGGCACUUAUUGGUGAGAGAGGAUGGGGCUAAAAGAAACAAGAUAAAAUAUUAAAAUUUAAGACUUUAGGCAUUACCUCAGGGGAAAGCCUUGACAGUGAAAGGGGACUACUUGAUCACUAAUAGCUAGUCUGGACCAGACACUUAAAUGUGCUUUGGGAAUCAUCCUGCCCUAACCGGGAAAUAAACUUGACUUUUCUAUUUCUCUCUGAAGCUUUCAGGAAUACCCCCAAGCCCCCCUCUCCUUUUUUAAGCUACAGCAUCUUGAUUCAUACUAUAAUUCCUGAAACAUGCUGAAUGGAUUUUUUAGGUUCCUUGAGCAUUUUUGUAUGAAGAAUCAUAUCUGAUCUUUCUAUAACCAUGCCAUUCACUUAAAUAAUUCACAGAGGGAAUGGUUUAAUUUAAAGGAAGACCUAAUAGGAAGAAGAUUAAAGGAAGCUUUUAGUCAGUCUGUGGCUAGAUUUAUUGAUUUGGUGAUCAGACCUGUGUUCCUUCCUGAAUGUCAGCUAAUGGCAAACUGUGGUCAAAAAAAUGGCUUUCAGUUAAAAGUUUUGACUUCUUAUUGUAAAUAAUAUAAAGAAUGUCUAAGUAAUUAGAAAUCCUUUUUAAAGUAGAGCAAAUGUGGCAAAUAGGACUCAUAUCAUUAUACAAAUUACAUUUCUUUUUAUAAGAAAAACACAAACCAUUAUCAUUUAUUCAUGAGCCAAAGCCAUUAGGAAGAUAAAUCAAGUUAUCAGCUUCCUGUCUCUCUGAAGUUUGGAUCAUUUUAUAGAUCCAUGUAAUAGAGAGCUUCCUUCCUAUGAAACAGAAGCCUUGAGACCUAACUUACAAAUAUACUCUUAGUUUUCAUUAAAAAUCUUUUUUGUCACUUUUAGCUAUAAUCAGAGUCAAAUAGGUUAUAUAUUGAUUUUGGUAGAGCAAAUUUCACAGGAAGUGGACUUAAUUAUAUAACAUUCCUGGAGAUAACACAAGGGAAACAGUGUUUAAAUGUAAAAUAGAUUGUGUGUUAGGUAAUUUAAUGCCCAAAUGAAUAAAAGAUUUUAAGUCAAGCAGAUUAUUGUUUCUACUUUGGAAGAAAAUCUUUACAAUCUUAGUUUUACAUAAUCAGUUUUACAUCCAUUUUUAUUUCUAAAGAACAGAAAGCACAAGAGGUUUUUCUUUUUUAUUGGUCUACUAGAAAUGAGCAACACUACAAGAGUCUGUCUAUACUAUUCUUAACACAUUAAGAUAUUGGAGACAAAAUGGAGGUAACAUUUGGAAAUGGUUUGGCUUCUACAUAGAAAUGUAGACUAAAUAGAAUAGUAGACUAAUGGAUAUAACCCAAUGGAAAGGAAUUUAAGGCACAUGACCCCUGUUUCAAAUAAACCCAGUCUUUUUGAUUUACUUUUUAAUUUUGAAUAGAUUACUCAAUCCUAAAUCUUUCUUUACUUUCAGUUCCUAGCACAUAAAAUAUAGAUAAUGUCUCUUGACUUCCUGAAGGUUAAUUCUUCAGUUAAGAGGUGACCCUUGGAGCAUACUUGAAAAUAAUUUCUGUACAGCUGUUAAGUACUAAUGUGAUGAUAGGUUUUCAACGUAUUCCCUUAGUGGACCCUGCAGAUUCACAUUCACUUCUUUUAGCCUGUAAUAGGCUUUCUUGACUUGAUUUGACAAUAAAGAUAAUGGUACAAUUUGAAUUUAUGGUUUAGACUCUGCAAUUAGAUGAACAGUUGCAAUUUCCUCCUACCCUUAAUAAGGUUUGUGUGAAAUUGAUGUUUGCCUACGUUAUUUUAAAAGUUGAUUACAUUUGCAGGAAGUAAAGAUAAUCACUUUUGCCAUGGUUAUAAUCAAAUCUAAGCUUUCAGACUUGAGAGUGUAAAACUCAAGGAGAUUUACUUAAAUUAUGCUGACUUUGCUAGAAUUGGAUAAAUUCUGUAUAAAACAAGUACGCACUCGAUAUAUACUUGAAUAUACAGAGUUUAAGUAGUAACUUCACAAAGCUAUUAGUACUCUUAUCAGGCUUGUAUCCACCCCUUACCCAAAAAGAAGUAGAUUGUUCCCAUUUUUAUUUCUAAUCCUGAAGUUGAAUGUUUCUUCUUGGAUGUGAGUUCAAAUAAAUUGAUCUGAAUAAAUUUUCGUUUCUUAUUAAUUAAAACUUCAUAUAUAAAAUCCAAAGCCUUUGUAGUUUGCUUUAAAAACAUUGUACUGUAUGUUACCUGGCACAUUCAACUUAUAUAUGAGAAAUUUGAAAUCUGUAUUACAUAUUUUCCUUUC